UACAGCUAGAGGGAGAUAGCUGCCAGGAAGCCAUUUCAUUUCUAAAACACUGUUCUGAUCUGGAGCAAGUGGCUGCAAAGAUGAAAUCUACUUUCCAGUAUCGCCAGGAACUGAUCCGCAAUCCUGAAAAGUCGUCUUCUGUUUUCAAUAUAUUCCCUAGGUUUCUUGACACAAAAGGCCUGGUGCUUCAAGACUUUGAGUUGCUGUUUGGAGUAGAGACUUCAGCAAAGCUUCUGGAGAAGUGGGGAUCUUCUCUUAAACACAAAGUAAUUGGAGAAGCCAAAAACCUGACCCAGUCAUUUCAUCUGAGUCGUCUGAUCGAGUCUGCAGAGCAAUGUGAAAGCAGUCAAGAAGUUACAGAGUGGGACAGUGACAUGUCUUCACUGUUGUUGCUUCUCUAUCUCCUUCCACCACCUUCAAGUGGAAAGAAGAAUAUUGUAAAGAUCAGUGUCCAAGAAGCAUUAAACCACAUAGUAAGGUUCCACAAGUCCUGUUGCAGUUUCGAUGACGUGCUGAGGGCAGGACAGACAACACAGCCGUACAUCUUGGCAGUCGGAACUUUGAAGAAUUGCAUCCAUGACUAUUACAUCAUCGUGGAUGGACAACUCAUUCCCUGCAAGGCGAUGUCCUCUCUGGCUGCUUUUUAUGAGCUUUUCAAAGCACAUUAUGUGUUCGGCAUUUCAUAUGAUGCUGCUUUACACAGUAUGUACACGUUUCUUCAAACAACGGUUUACAACAUUGAUGUUGGUGUCACUCAUGAAAGCCCUCGAGUCAGGGAUCUUCGAGCCAAGAUUCUAAAUUAGGACACUACUGCAGAGCUUAAAAAUGUUUAGGUGCUUUGUUUGCAAGUUGACUUGCAGUACAGUCAAUGAGCUAAUACGCCAUCUAAAACUUUCUCAUGCUUUUUAUCCUGGCAGAAGAUUACAGUUGGUAUGCAAUCAGGAUGAUUGUUGUCUAAGAUUUGUUUCAUAUUCAGGGUUUAGAAAACAUCUUCAACGUAGGCACAACAGUGAGCUCUCUGACAUGUCUUUAUUUGAAUCCUCCCCUGCUCCUUCUGUUGAAAGUGGACCAGCAUCUGUAACACAACCUUCCAACUUAGUUUCAGGAAAUCCAGGAACAUCUUCAAACACUGAUGAGAGAAAGUUGAGAACCCAAGAAAUGUGUGCAUCUGUUAUUGCAAAAUUACAGAGUAGCGGAGUAGCCUCCAACGUGAUUACAUCAGUGGCUGAAAAUAUGGAAGAGCUUGUGAGUGAAUUGCAUUCAAACAUCAGAGAGGAUAUUGUUCAGUUGGUAUCUGAUGAUCACAGGUCAGAUGUUGAAGAGUAUUUUGACCAUCUUGACAACCCAUUCUCUAAUUUCACAACUGAGACAAAAUGGAAAAAGUAUUUCUUUGAGAACUGGGGUGUUGUAGAACCUAUUGAAAUACCCUUAGGAGUGAGAUAUGACAGUAGACGCAAUAGAACUACAGGCACAUAUGAUCAGGUUCCAAUUACUGAUAAAUUUGUAUAUGUUCCUUUAUUGCAGACUUUGAAAUUUAUGUUCAAAAAUGUAGAAAUUCAAAAACAUUUUGUCCAGCCAAGUGAGAAUGGAGAAAUAUUAAGAGAGUUCUGUGAUGGUAGCUAUUUUAAAGAACAUCCUCUUUUUUCCAAAGAACAAAAUUCUCUUCAGAUACAACUCUUCUAUGAUGACUUUGAAACUUCGAAUCCCCUUGGUUCUAAGCAUGGAAUCCAUAAGAUUGGAAGUAUUUAUUUUGUUUUGAGAAACCUGUCAUCAAAGGUAAACUCUGCUUUAAUGAAUAUUCAUCUUCUGGCACUUUUUCACACACAAGAUGUAAAGCGAUAUGGCUUUAAUGCCAUUUUGGAUCCAAUUGUGCGUGACUUUAAAAUUCUUGAGACAUCUGGAAUUACAUUGCCGAUCUCAGAGGAUCCUGUCCAUGGAACUAUAGCUCAAGUAACUGGAGAUAAUUUGGGAAUGCACACACUUUUUGGAUUUGUAGAAUCUUUUAACUCAAAUUAUUUUUGUCGUUUUUGUUUGAUUGACAAAUGUGCUUCACAGAACAUUUUCUCUGAUGACCACCCAGACAUAAUAUUGCGUGACAGACUUCUACAUGCUCAACAUUGUCAAAGCCUCUUUUCAGAUGCUGGUCCACAAUCAUCCUUUGGUGUGAAAAAAACAUGUUUGCUGAAUGAGCUACAGUAUUUUAAUAUUUUGGACAAUUUUGCAUUUGAUAUAAUGCAUGAUAUAUUAGAAGGUGUAGGACAGUUAGAAAUGAAAUUGCUUUUUAACCAUCUAUCACACAGCAGCAUUAUAUCUUCACAAUCUGCAAGCAAUAGAAUUUACUCAUUUAACUAUGGCUUUGUUGAACGUAAGAACAGACCAACCAUGAUUAAUUUUGAACAAGCUGGGAAUGGUUUGGGUCUCAAUGCUAUUCAGACAUUUUGCCUUAUUAGAAAUCUGCCUUUAAUUUUUGGAGAUCUGGUUGAAGUUGGAGAUAAACACUGGAGUUUGCUACUGCUUUUACUUCAGAUAAUAAAUAUUGUGUUUUCUCCAGUCAUCUCAGAGGGCAUGACUAUUUAUUUAAAGCAUCUGAUUUGUGAACACCACACACUGUUUAAAGAACUUUACCCAAGGAAUCUCAUUCCUAAGCACCACUUCAUGACCCAUUAUUCCAGAUGCAUCAGGAAGAUAGGCCCGCUGGUUCAUGUGUGGGGAAUGCGUUAUGAGGCGAAACAUCGCUUUUUCAAAAGAAGUGUGAAGAAUUUCAAAAAUAUUACCAAAUCUUUAGCGCUAAAACACCAGAUGUGUAUUGCGUACCACUGGGAAUCUCAGCCAUUUAAGAAUAUUGACUGUGGGCCUGCAACAAGCGUUCAGCUUUGUGACCUGAUUGACUGUGAAUUCAUUGCAGAAAGACUGCAAAUUGACAAUGAAAGUAAUGUAGAUCAUCUUUCUUGGAUUACUUGUUUUGGAACUGAGUAUCGGUCAGGCCUUUUUGUUUGUUCAGAUUUAAGAGAUGACAUUCCUGUGUUCAGUAAAAUUACUGAUAUUAUUGCAUUUGACAGUCAGUAUUUUUUGCUGACAUGUGAAUUUGAAACUGUAUGCUUUGUUGAACAUCUUCACUCCUUUAAGGUUAAGGAGGAGCUUUGUAGAAAAGUUUCCCUUUUGAAUGUUGAAACCUUGCGUUUUUUUAGGCCAUUCGACCUUCAGAUAAGUUAUGGAUUGGAGGAAAAUGACUUUUAUAUAGUUCCUGUACACGUUUUCAUAUGAACCACUUUAGUUCAGUGAUGGUACAUUGCUGAGGCUUUCCUGUAUGUUUAGAUUUGAAAGAUGCUAUUUCUGGGCUCAGUAAAACGUCUGAUAUUGUUUGAUGGACAGCGGUUUUUGCUUGCUUAUGAAAUUGAAAGUGUGCUUUUGUUGAACAUUACUAAUUUCAAGGAAAUCCCCCUUUUUGAAUGAUUUUUGCUGUGGUUUUAAUCCAUGUGUUUUUUUAAACAACUGUAUGCAAAAAUUACUUUUAUACUUUUCUAAAGCGUUUUAGUUCAGGAAUGGGGCUUUAGCUCAUGUUGUCUUGUUUAGGUUUGGCAGUGACAAGUAAAAUAUUAAACAUUUCCACUGCAUUUUUUUCAAUGUGACAAAUGUUUGUCUAAAAAAUGACAUUAAUGACAAAUUAAAGUUUUCAGGUAUGAAAUGCAUAUUCUGUGAAGUGAUUUAAUGUUGCCUGUGCUGUGUAUUUUAAAGAAAAUAAAUUCUGUUUUGUAACUCUC